AUGGUGGUGCGGCUGCCCAUGGGCCAGCCCGUGAAGGUCCAGGGGGUUUACGUGACUCUAAUAGAGGCCAACCACUGUCCCGGAGCUGUGAUGUUUCUCUUUGAGGGCCCCGGCGUGGGCCGCUCGCUGCACUGCGGGGACUUUCGCUACUGCCCCUCGAUGUUGCAAACCCUAAACCCUAAACCCCCGCCGGGCCCAGAGGCCCAAACCCUAUACCCUAAACCCUCGGGCCCCGAGUCCCAAACCCUAAACCCUAAACCCUCGCUCGACAGGGUUUAUCUCGACACAACUUACGCUGGCAUCAAAGCCUCUUUUCCUCCGCAGCAAGAGGUUUUAUCUGCUGCUGUGCAGAUAGCCACGCAGGCACUACAGGAGGCCGGGGGUGCUGCCAAUGUGCGCUUCUUGGUUGGCACCUAUACCAUAGGCAAGGAACGCAUAGCGCUGCAUUUGGCUCGGGAGUGCCGCUUGAGGGUUUUCGUGGCGCCGCAGCGACGGCGGGUUUUCAACUGCCUUGAAUUCUCUCCAGAGGACCUGGCGCUUUUUACGGAUUCUCCACAAGAGGCGCAGGUGGAUUUGGUGCCGAUGAAUGUCUGUGGGUCGACAUUUCCCCCGCGGGGAAACUUCGACGGAAUUCGCCGCUAUCUUCAAACCCUCGGCAUUCCUGAGUCAACGCGCGUUGUGGGGUUUGUGUGUUGUAGCUUUUGUGGGGACUGGAUGGGCCGCUCGACUGAAAAAGACCUCCCUAUACCUACGGUGUGUGAAGGCGAGGAUUCCUACAACCGCCUUUACUGCUUCUUCAACGGACUGGUGUACGUACACCCCAGGAGCUGCCAGGCAAGGAAGAGAAAACAGCAGCAGCAGCAGCAGCAGCAGGAGCUGCAGCAGCAGCAGCAGCAGCAGGGAGCUGCUUUUCAGAGACGCAGCAGCGACUGA